AUGGCCGCAAGGGUACUGGUCGGUUUCUCGGAGCUCCUGGACCGCAGACGACUACACUUCGUCCAAGAACAACCACAGUCCAAGACGUGCACUUUCUGCAACUCGGUGACCAAGCACAUCUACACGCUCGGGUGCUGUCAUGUCUUUUGCGACGUCUGCUACGGACAGCUCAUCGUGCACGCCACCAACGACCAAUAUAUGUGUCCCCUCGACAACCACGUCAUUGUCCCCGAUGACGUCCUCGUCGUGGAGUUCAAACUAGAAGAACUGGGCGCCGUAUUCUGUCCUAACAAGUCCGUUGGGUGCACAGUCAGCGGCUCUAUCAUGGACACGAUUGAGCGGCACUUCUCCGAGUGCGAGUACCACCAGGUUAACUGUGGCAAGUGUUCAACGCCCGUUAGGCACUUAAAAAUUUUCGAACAUGCUCAGUCCUGCCAGGGAGUACCUCCAGUGCCAGCUGCGAAUACCAGUAGCGCUCUGCCCGGAGAAACCCAACCCGCGGACGCGACCGUCGACACGUCCAUAUCCAAACUUCAGAACAUGCAGUCCACGAUAAUGAUGCUAAGGAACGAGGUCCAAAGUCUGAUCAAAGAGCGAAUCAUGUCGACAGCUCCAUUCAGCGCGCAGGGCAAAACUCUCGUCCCUCGCUCUUCGGAGGAGAAGCUGAACGAGGCAGCGGAUGCAUCCAUCACAGACUUCAGGGACUACGUCAAAAGGGAGAUGGACAAGAGAUUGAUAAAAUAUUUCGGCCCUAACCAAGGCAGCGAUGGUGAGCGGGACGACUUGAUGGGUCGGUUGGACAGGAUGGAGCAAAAACUGACCCUGGUUGAGGUGAAGACCUCCAAGACCAAGAGCUUCUGGCACGUGACUGGCUUUGAGGCCAUGAAGUCUGAGGUGGAUCCCGAGACCCAGCUAACGACUAAGUUGAGCAGUCCGAUGCUCGUCUCUGGCUACACAGUCAAGUUCCAGGUGGACAUCGACAGGAGCGACCCGUCGGAAGCUUGGCUCGGGCUGUACGUCAUCUUCCUCAAGGGCCCCAUGGACGAGUUCCAGGACUGGCCGGUCAAGAAGCCCCUGCUCUUCACCCUGGUCCACCCCGAGUCUGGUAGAAAGAGCAUCAGAAAGCACCUGGUCCCCGGCGCCAGGAAGGAUCUACUCGUCUGCUUCUCUAGGCCCAGUGACUCGGGUCUCAACGAGGGCUGCGGCUUCGACAGAAUGAUCACUCUGGACGCCAUGGACCAUGAGGGAUUCGUCCACAACGACGCCUUCGCCGUGGCCCUGUCCAUAAGGCAGACUGUGCCCACAAAGUUCUUGGAUUAG